AAUCUAUAUUUGUGACCAGUUAUUGGUAACGUUUGAUAAUCAUUAAUAAAUUAUUGGUAUUUUCACAGUCUGUAGUAUUCGAAGGUGAAGGAGGGAGCAAUGGCUUGCUGUUCAUUGAGUUUCCCGGCAACGACCAAAGCAAAGUAUCCAUCUCCAUCAUCAUCAUCAACAUCAUCGAAUUCAGCUGUUUCUGCUACUGUCUCUCCAUCUUCUUCUUCUUGUUUUUCAAGUUCAAAAUCCAUUUCACACUCACACUUGUUUCUAUCUUCCUCACGCGGCAUUUAUUACCAACAAACCCUAGUCCGCCGGAGGCCUUCCUAUUUCCAGGUUGUGUCAUCAGGGAAUAAGCCAGAACCACCGAAGGUGAUGAUAUCUGGGGCUCCUGCUUCAGGUAAAGGGACACAAUGUCAGCUCAUCACUAAGAAAUAUGGUCUGGUGCAUAUUGCGGCUGGAGAUUUACUGAGGGCAGAAAUUUCAUCUGGGAGUGAAAUGGGGAAGCAAGCAAAGGAAUACAUGGAAAAAGGACAAUUGGUCCCUAACGAAAUAGUUGUCAUGAUGGUGAAGGAACGCCUUUCACAACCAGAUUCUCAAGAAAAUGGAUGGCUUUUGGAUGGGUACCCAAGGAGCUUAUCUCAAGCAGUAUAUUAUUGAUUGAUGUAUUACAAGAUUGAUUUUUUUGUGUUAUUGGAGGUCCCCGAGGAUAAUCUUGUUGAGCGAGUGGUUGGGCGUAGGUUAGAUCCUGUUACUGGUAGGAUAUACCACUUGAAGUAUUCUCCACCAGAGACUGAAGAAAUUGCUUCUAGGCUUACCCAACGCUUUGACGACACAGAAGAAAAGGUAAAGUUGCGAUUGCAAACUCAUCAUCAAAAUGUGGAGUCGGUGCUUUCAAUGUUUGAGGACGUAACUGUCAAGGUGAAUGGAAAUGUAUCCAAGGAGGAAGUAUUUGCACAAAUUGACAGUGCGUUGACACAACUUCUUGAGCAAAAGCAGGCUACUUUGGGAUCUAUGGCAGCUUGAAGAUAAGAGCAUAUAAAAGAGAUACAAUACCUUUCUUUGCCUUUUGGCUAAGAUUAAACAGAAUAAAAUGAUGUGGAAGAACCUGGAAAUUAGCAUGAUAGAUCAUGCCUUCCCUAUUAGAUCAAAUUGGUGGAGAUGAGACUAUGCAUAGACAAAUUAUAACUAGAUGUAUUAAUGCUUUUCGGUAUUUGUGCUUUGUUUUUCAUUUUUUCUCAUUCUCCGAAAAAAAAAAAAAAAAAAAAUUAUGUUUCCUUACACUAGCAAUAUCACAUGUUGUUGUCGUUCUUACUUUUUGAAUCAAAGUUGUAAAGGCUGUGAUUGGAAGUAGCUGUGUUGGGUAAUUUUACUUUUGACUGUUGCUAGAUUA